GUUUUGUUUUUAUCUCAGGGAGGAACGGGGGUGUGUCUUUACUGUAUUUAUGAGUCAGGAACGUCAGGAAGCACUUUUUUUUACUGAACUUUGCACAACAGAUUUACGUCUUCGUUAGUGGCAUUUUCCUAAAAUCUAAACGCGUCUCUGGACUCACGACACGGUGGCAUCAUGACAGUGUUUGAAAACUGUACUGUGGUGGUAGAUGUGAAGAAUGUGCCUUAUAAAGAGAAGAAGAAGCUGAAAUUAGCUCUUCUGGAUAAUGGAGGAAACAUCUCUUAUGUCAUCAACAGAGAGUGCUCUUUUGUAGUCACCAGCAGUGUGAAUGACCUGAGCAGUAACCGGCAGCGCAGUAUCCAGAAGCUCCAGAUCCCAGUGGUUGGGAUCCAGUAUGUGUGGAGCUGUCUGGAUGAAGGGCAUCUCCUGCCUUUGACGGAGCAUAAUUUGGCCCCACAGCCGGCUUAUUCCACUUCUGAAUUCAUCUCUCAUCCAGUGUCGACCCAGAUACUUAAAAAAGAGAAGCUCAAAGGUCAGUCUGAACUCCCAAAGACUGAGAUUGAGACUCUUGAGAAGGAUGGGCCUCAUCUCGGCAGGUUCAGAGUUUACAAAGAAGGCGACCGUGACCUGCCUGAAUUUCCUUCACAUUUUCAAGUGGCCAAGUAUUCAGUUUUUGAGAGGGUCAAACCCAAGACUUUGUCUGUUUUGGAGCUGCAGAGUGCCAGAGGACGAGCAGACCAGCAGUAUCGUGUGUUGUGUUCAAUCUUGAGUGAAACUGAGAGCGCAGUGGUGCAGGACAAGAUUGUGUACUGUGUGACGUCUGAGGAUGCUGUGGAAGCGUAUCUGCUGUUGAUGAAGGAGAUGGAGACACAAGGAUUCACAAAGACUCACACACUUCCUCCUGAGGUUGAGCGCUUGGUGUCCUACAGCCUGCAGCAGCUUCUGUUGGAGGAGAAGCUGAACUGCAGCACAUUAUCACAGGAAGUUGGCGUCUUUGUGGAGCUGGUUUGGACCGAAGCUCUCGGUUCCCUUAGUAACAUCCUGACAGUCCCCGUCUCCAGUAUCAGCCUUAAUGAUGUGAGCAGGGUGGAGGGAUUGUUACUGCAGGCACAAAAGACUCAGAAAGAGGAUGAAGUCAAGGCCCUGCUAGAGGAGGUCAACACUCUUCUACCCCUCAAAAUGAUCGACCCUCCUUCCAAACACAAGCUUGUGUCUCAGAAACUAGACCUUUGUCAGCUGAUCAGAGACAUUCUGAAUGUGAGUGAAGCCACUCUGGGAAGCCCCUCGCCCUCGUCUCUGGGAAAGUAUCGAGCUCUGAGGUGCAGCAUUGAGGUUGUUCCGCCACAAAACCCUGAGUUUCAUGUUGUCUCUCAACUGCUUCAGGACAGGCCUGUUCAGAUUCAGCAGAUUCUGCGGGUAAGAAGAGGGGUGGAGCUUCAGAUGUUUUGGGAGGAUUUAGGCAACAUUAAGCCCCUCCUUCACUCCACUAGUCCCAGUAGUUUUGUUGGAAUACUGUCACGAGGUCUGCUGCUGCCCAGAGUUGGAGUCGAACAGCAUGGAAUUGAGAGGACGGAUAUCGGGAAUCUUGGAGGAGGAAUCUACUUCAGUAACUCUCUAAAGACCAGUGUGAAAUACUCCAAGCCCAGUGUAACUGACGGCUCUCGGCUGCUGUUGGUGUGUGAAGUGGCGUUGGGUCGCUGCAAAGACCUGCUGAAGAAAGACGCCACUUUGACCUGCGCCCCUGACGGCUACCACAGCGUACAUGGAGUCCGCCGCACCCCCAACAGACUCUCUGAAUUUGAGGAUGAUGAGUUUGUCGUCUAUAACACAGAGCAGAUCAGACUGAAGUAUGUGGUUCAGUACACUCUGGAGAGGGACGAGCUAAAAGAGUUUCAGCCUCAUAUCAACACCUUUGUGGAGCUCACACAGCUCGCUGACACGUCUGACGUCUUGUCCAGUGAUGACAGUGAGGGUUUGGAGUCCACUGAGAACCCUCUGGAGGAGAUGACUGCAGGUUUGUUGGACAGCAGUGGUCAGAAACUUCCUCUUCAGGCUGUCAAUGUGAGGUGCAAGCUGAUGGACCUACUGUGUCAGGUCAUCAUAUUUCAGACCUACACAAACAAGAGUGCUGUUCCCAUUGAAGCAAAGUACGUCUUUCCGCUGGAGGAGACGGCAGCAGUGUGUGGAUUUGAAGCCUUUAUCAAUGGAAAACACGUCAUUGGAAAGGUAAAGGAAAAAGAACAGGCUCGUAAAGAGUACAAGCAAGCCAUAGAAAAAGGCCAUGGAGCCUACCUGAUGGACCAGGAUGCACCGGAUGUAUUUACUAUCAGCGUGGGGAACCUUCCUCCCGGAGCCACAGUUUUGAUCAAAGUGACGUUCAUCACUGAGCUGGUGGUGAGAUCAGGCUCUAUAGUCUUCUCAUUGGCUGGCAGCGUGGCACCAUGGCAACAGAGCGCCGCCCUUAAUCAGACGACUCAGGCAACUGUUGAAAAGAUCGGUGUGACGGAGCUUCAGUCAGAAGGCGAGUUUUCUUUGUCUAUGUCCAUUGAAAUGCCUUACGAGAUCAUCAACUUGAGCUCUUCUCACCGCAUCAAAACCAAGAUGACAGACUGUAAGGCAGUGAUCAGCACGUUACCGGGACAGACUCUUGGAUCUGAAGGGUUACAGGUGUCCUUCAGUCUUUCUAAUAUCCACAUGCCCAGGAUGUGGGUCGAGAACCAUCCGGAUAAAGAUAGUCAGGCCUGCAUGCUGGUGUUUUAUCCAGACUUUAAGUCAAGCGGGGUGUCCAGCUCUGGAGGUCCGUCCAGUGUGAGCGAUGUGGUCAUCCUACUGGACUCCUCCAAGUCCAUGCAGGGAGACGCCAUGCUGAACGCCCGCAGGAUUGCCCUUCAAGUCCUCAAAUCUCUGGACCGCUCACUGAAGAUCAACAUCAUCUCUUUCAGCACUGAUUACAAGGAAGCUUUUCCUGCACCAGUGCCUUUAGAUGAAGCAUCUGAACCAGCCAGAAAGUUUAUUAUGUCCUGUAGUGGUGCUGGUGGCGGCACUGAGCUGUGGCGUCCUCUCCGUAUCCUGAGCCUGCUGCCUCCCUGUCGGGGCGUGAGGAACAUCCUGCUGCUCUCUGAUGGACAUGUUCAGAAUCAGCCUCUGACCCUACAGCUGGUCCGAGAAAACUCCUGCCACACGCGCCUCUUCACCUGCGGACUCAGCUUGACAGCUAAUCGUCAUAUGCUCAGAGCUUUGGCUCAAGCCAGUGGAGGAACGUAUGAAUUUUUUGACACCAAGAUGAAACACACUUGGGCAGAGAAGGUGCGCGCUCAGGUUCAGCGUAUGGAGUCUCCAGGCUGCAGAUCAGUGGCAGUGAAGUGGCAGCAGUUUAAUCCCACAGCGCCCCCUCCUGUUCAAGCCCCCUCACAGCUUCACGCCCUCUUCAGUGACUGUCACACUCUCAUAUACGGCUUUGUGCCGCACUGCACUCAGGCCACACUGUUUGGUGAUUUGAGUGGGAAUGAGAUCAAGACAAUGGUUUCCACCACAGAACUACAAAAGACGAAAGGAACUUUCCUUCACAAGUUAACAGCAAGAGCGAUCAUCAGAGAUUAUGAAGAUGGCAUUCUAGGCAACAGUGAGGCAGAACAUGAGGGGAAGAAAGCAGAGCUGAAGUCCUACAUCAUUGAGCUCAGUAAAGAGUUCUCUAUCUUGUCCCAGUUCACAAGCUUUGUCGCCAUUGAAGAGAGGGACCAGAAUGAGCUUGACACUGGAUUGACAGAUAUUCCUAAACUCAUAUCAGAGGAGGAUGUGGAUAUUUUGCCAUAUAUGGGCUGGACUGAAGAGAAGCUCAAGGCUGCGCAUAUUAUUGCUGCUGAAGAAGAUCACAUAUACACAGAUGCAGGGGAAUCGUCCAGUAGCUGCUCCAUGUCUCCUGAUCUGCUGGAUUGUUAUAGAGAAGCAGAUGAUGAUGAAUAUGAUUCCGUGGAUUGUAAUUAUGAAGAAGCCUGUCUCCAAUCACUGGAAGUUGAUAUGAAUUUUGAUCUUAUUGAGACAUUGAAACCUUCUUCUCCUCCUCCUCCUCCUUCUGGUGGUGCCACCAUGAGUGACAGCCUUGAAUCCCAAACAGACACGACUCCUGUAGGUGCCUUAUGUGGUGAUCCCUUUCCUCAUCAUGUUGAUGUAAUUCAUGGAUCAAUGGAACCUCACUCCCCCACUAACUGGAUUUCUUCUCAAUCUCUUUCUGGUGAUGCCAGAUAUGAGUCCAUAUCUGACUCCGUGACUGACAGGCUUCCCCCUCCACCUCCACCUCCCCCUGCUGCCUCAGUGCCUCCUCCUCAUCUUAAUUCUGCAUCAGCGGAAUCUCUUUCCAUGGAAUGCAGCCUUGAUUCCUUUAGCAGCACGAGUAGAUCUUUUCCCCUUCACCGUAGGAGUGGAAGUUCUCCCCAUCGCCUUGCCGCAGCACCCAAGCUUGACACCUCAACUUGUCUCUUUGGAGGUCCUCCUCAGCCUUUUAAUCUUGCACCUGUGUCGUACUCUGCUCCUCUAGCUUUUUUUAGGGUGGGCGCAUCUUUUUCAACAAGUGAAACUCCUGCCCUUUUCAGUCUCUCAGAGAUUGAGCAUGCCACUACAACUCCUGACUUUGCAGGUCGUCCUCUUCCUCCUCGUUUUGCAUCUAAGCAGUACUCAUACAAUCUAAACAGUUCCAGCCUUACUCCUCCUCUUACUGGUUUUGGAAGGGUGGACACUUUUUCAAGGAGUAGCAGGGCUGCCGGCCCCGAGGUCUUGCAUUCUCGCGUAAUAUUUGCACAGCUCCCUCCCCGUACAUCAAGUGGCUGUGAUGGUUUCCUCCAAAGUACAAAUGAGCCUUUGGGCCUUUUUGGUUCCUCAUCCACUGGACAUUCUGAAGCAAUUGAUCUACAACAACCACAACCAGUGCACCAAGCAACACAAAAACAAGUACAAGGACAAAAACCACAACAGCAACUAGGCACUGCAGAUUCAGUACAAUAUAAACAACAUAGCAUUCCUAAGAUUGGUUUUCCUAGAACAGAAAAAUACAGAGAGCUUGACGACAUCCUGAAUCUGUCAGUCAGGGCAGAUAAAACAAGCAGACCUGACACAGUGGCCUGGAAUGAGCUGUUUGAGCUUCAACAUGAGGAUGGAUACUGGGAGUGCACUGAGAGGCUGAGCAGCUUCCUCAACCUGGACGUAGACUUUUUUGCCAAUGUCUUCCUUAAGGAGAAAGGCAUCCGUUCCUUUGGUGUGAAGGCUCAUGCGGACAUUCUGAGACUGGUGGCGACUCUGCUGGUGCUGCAGCUGAUCCGGGUGAAGAAGCUGGCAGUGGGACAGUUGCUCGAGUCUCUCUUCCGGCUGAAAGAGUCCCAGGAGCCCAGACCGAUGCACUGGGAGGCAGUGAAGAGGGCCGUGGACUGGGCCUGUCGGACAGACAGACAGUAUCCGUGUGUGUGCAGCCGGCUGGAGAUCGGCCGGGAUUGGGAAUCAUCUACACGUCAGUUGCUGGGCUGUGAUUCUCCAAACCCAUAUUCCCCUCUCAAAGCUGUUCUGGAGAGACGUGUGGGUGUAUCAGUCAUGUAGAAACUGGACACACACUUCCCUCUUCAUUUACAGUUGCUGCUUGUUAUUUUAAAGAGUUUUUUCACCCAAAAAUGAAAAUUCUGUCAUUUACUCAACUCAUUUAGUUCCAAAUCCUUAGACUUUUGUUCAUCUUCGGAACACAAAUGAAGACAUUUUUAAUUAAACAUUUCUGUCCCUCCAUUGAAAGUCUCUUUACCCAAAACUCUGACAUUUCAAAAUGUUCAUAAAAAGAUUGCAAAAUAAAUCCAUAUGAAUUGAGGGACUUAUAAGUCUUCUGAAGAGAUACAAUCACUGUAAAUGAUGAUUAGAUUAAUUUAGGCAUUUAUCAAUCAUAGUCACAUCUAAACAUUAAUCAGUGAACAAUGUUUACAGCAUUGAGUUUAAGUCAAAAAUGUGAAGUUCAUUCUUUCGUGAUACGACAGCACGUUUGAGCUUCCACAAGAAUCAAUGAGGUUUGUUCUCGCAUGUCAAGAAUGGCUGAGCUUCAGAUUUUUGGAUGAACAAAAAUAUAUUUGGAAAAUUGUCUCGUAAAAUGUCUGAAUUGCAUUAGAUAGAAUGUAAAAAAAAUGCCAUUUGCCAAUAAAUUCAGGUCUCAAAGUGAUUUUUAGUGGAUGUAUGAAGUCACUCAAUCAAGGGAUUGAGACAUUAAGAUUGGUUUAAAUCAUUUUUAGUCCAGAUACUUUUUGGUGGAAGUGUAUUUUUCAAAAAUAAAGACCACCUUGAAAGCCAAAUAUGUCAAUAGGAUGAUAAUUUUAUGUUUGGUCUAUUUUAGUGGUUUUAAAACAGUUUAUUAAAGCAUCAUUUUAUGUGAAGUGUAUGUGUUUUUCAUGUUACAGUAUAAUUGUAUAACCACAUAGUGAGUGACAGUAAAAAAUAAACACGCACUUGGGUUUGGACUGUGGUGUGAAGUAGAA